AUGAUAUGUCCUUCAAAAGAAUCAAUCGAUGAAUGGUGGAAUCAUUUAUCGAGUCCCUUUAAACGAUCUCAUUUUAAACCAGUUGGUUUACAAUUUAUGAAGCAUGAUUACUCAUCCGUUCGUUCAUAUGAAAUAAAUUUUGAUGAUUCAUUAGUAACAAAAGAAUAUUCAGCUGAUUAUAAAAGUUAUUUAUUGUUUAGCAACAAUUAUUCAAAAUAUAUUCAAUAUGUAAAAGCAUUUACCGGUCUUAGUUUUAAUAAACAAACAAUAAAUAAUAUCAAAGUCUCUGUUAAAACAGAUAUAAUUAACAAUGAACAUCAGUGGAUGAAAAAAAAAUCACUGUUUGAUCAAUUAAAAGUGUUCAAUAUUCUAAAAAAGAAUAUUUCAUUUCGCAUUGGUAUUGAAACAACAAAUAUCAUACAAAAUUGGCAUGACAAGAAUUUUAAUUUUUUUUUUAAAUACUUUUGA